CGCUUCUUAUUGGCUUUUUAACUGUCAGUCAUCCGGAGAUAGCGCUCGAGAGAACCGUGAGGGGGGCGUGGCUAGAAAGUGGAUGGGUUAGGGUGUGUACGGCUAAGUGACAGGACGUGAGGCAGGUUGUGUGAGCGGAGGAGGGGGCGGGACUUAACCGCUUCCUGCUCUUCACACCAGACAGACCCUCCCUGGAACCGGGACAAUGGCGGCUACCGGGGUGCUGCCUCUUAUCCGAGGGGUGGACCUGAGCGGCAAUGAUUUUAAGGGUGGAUACUUUCCUGAACAUGUCAGGUCUAUGUCGAGCCUGCGAUGGCUGAAGCUGAACAGGACCGGGCUGUGCUACCUGCCGGAAGAGCUGUCUUCUCUGCACAAAUUGGAGCACCUAUCGGUGAGUCACAACAGCCUGACCACAUUACAUGGCGAGCUGUCGUCCCUGCCCUGCCUUCGGGCUAUCGUAGCUCGUGCCAACAGCCUGAAGAAUUCUGGGAUCCCGGAUGACAUCUUCCAGCUGGAUGACCUCUCUGUAUUGGACCUCAGUUAUAACCAGCUGACGGAGUGCCCGCGAGAGCUGGAAAAUGCUAAGAACAUGCUGGUCCUCAACCUCAGCCAUAACAGCAUCGACAACAUUCCCAAUCAGCUCUUCAUAAACCUGACCGAUCUGCUCUACCUGGACCUCAGCGACAACAAGCUGGACAGUUUGCCUCCACAGAUGCGGAGACUGGUGCACCUGCAGACGCUUAUCCUCAAUAAUAACCCCCUGAUGCACGCCCAACUCAGGCAGCUCCCUGCAAUGGUCGCCCUGCAGACGUUGCAUUUAAGGAACACGCAGCGAACACAGAGCAAUCUGCCUACAUCCCUGGAAGGCCUUAAUAAUCUAUCAGAUGUUGACUUGUCCAUGAAUGACCUGAGCCGGGUCCCCGAGUGCCUGUACACACUUGCCAACCUGAAACGCCUGAACCUCAGCAGCAACCAAAUCUCUGAACUCUCCCUGUGCAUCGAUCAAUGGACUCAGCUCGAGACCCUCAACCUCUCCCGCAACCAGCUGACCUCAAUUCCGUCUGCUAUCUGUAAGUUAUCCAAGCUGAAGAAGCUUUACCUAAACUCCAAUAAGCUGGACUUUGAUGGCAUCCCAUCUGGUAUUGGCAAACUCAGCAAUCUGGAGGAAUUUAUGGCAUCCAACAACAACCUGGAGCUUGUACCUGAGAGUCUGUGCAGAUCGGGCAAGUUACGGAAGUUGGUUCUGAAUAAAAACCGCCUGGUCACCUUGCCGGAAGCCAUCCACUUCUUACCAGACUUGGAGGUCCUGGAUGUAAGAGAGAACCCCAACCUUGUGAUGCCCCCCAAACCAGCGGACCGCACCUCUGAGUUCUACAACAUAGAUUUCUCCCUACAGAACCAAUUACGCCUGGCAGGGGCAUCCCCAGCCACAGCCGCUGCUGCCGCCGCCGCUGCAGGUGCUGGAAGUGCAACAAAGGAUUCCUCCGCAAGAAAGAUGCGUCUCAGGCGACGUAAGGACUCCACCAAGGAUGACCAGGCCAAGCAGGUGCUAAAGGGAAUGUCGGACGUGGCUGAGGAGAAGAACAAGAAGAUACAGGAGAACGGUGAAAUGAAGUACACCGACCUGAAGACCCGGCGGUGGGACCAGGGGCUGGAGAAGCCACAUUUGGAUUAUUCAGAGUUUUUCACUGAAGACGUAGGACAGAUCCCUGGUGUCACUGUCUGGCAGAUUGAAAACUUCAUCCCCAUCCUGGUGGACGAGGCUUUCCAUGGGAAGUUCUAUGAGGCCGACUGCUACAUUGUGCUGAAGACGUUCAUGGAUGACAAUGGCGCUCUACACUGGGAGAUCUACUACUGGAUCGGCCAGGAGACUUCCCUGGAUAAGAAAGCUUGUUCUGCUAUCCACGCCGUGAAUCUGCGAAACUACCUGGGCGCCGAAGGCCGCACUAUUCGGGAAGAGAUGGGCGACGAGAGCGAAGAGUUUAGUCUGGUGUUUAACAAUGAAAUUUCCUACAUAGAAGGAGGAUCAGCCAGUGGCUUCUAUACAGUGGAAGAUGCACAAUACAACACCAGACUCUACAGAAUUUACGGCAAGAAAAACAUCCGCCUGGAGCCUGUACCGUUAAAAGGCUCCUCCUUGGACCCCCGGUAUGUGUUUCUCCUGGACCAUGGUCUGGAAAUUUACACCUGGAGAGGGUCACAAGCCACGCUCAGCAACACUACCAAAGCCAGACUGUUUGCUGAGAAGAUCAACAAGAACGAAAGAAAGGGGAAAGCGGAGAUCAUACAGGUUACAGAGGAGCAGGAGACCCCCGAGUUCUGGGACGUGUUGGGGGGACAACCGGAGGAGAUCAAGCCUUGGGUACCAGACGACUUCCAGCCGGCACGGCCCAAACUUUAUAAGGUUGGAUUGGGUCUGGGGUAUCUGGAGCUGCCGCAGGUGAACUACAAGAUCUGUGUGGAGCAUAAAAAGAGGCCGAAAAUAGAUCUGGUGCCAGAGAUGAGGCUGCUCCAGAGCCUGCUGGACACCAAGUCCGUGUACAUCCUGGAUUGUCACACUGACAUAUUCAUCUGGAUAGGAAGGAAGUCUUCUCGCUUGGUCAGAGCGGCCGCUUUGAAGCUUGGACAGGAGCUGUGCGGAAUGCUCCACCGGCCCAAACAUGCCAUGGUAAUCCGGAACCUGGAGGGCACAGAGUUCCAGGUGUUUAAAUCGAAGUUUAAGAACUGGGACGAUGUCCUGAAGGUGGACUACACCAGGAAUGCCGAGAGCGUGGCGCAGCCCGGUGGGCUACAGGGAAAAGUGAAGAAAGAUGCAGAGAAGAAGGACCAGAUGAAGGCUGACCUCACUGCUCUCUUCCUGCCACGUCAGCCCCCUAUGCCAGCUUCAGAGGCCGAGCAGCUCACUGAGGAGUGGAAUGAAGAUCUGGAUGGAAUGGAAGGAUUUGUACUGGAGGGGAAGAAGUUUGCCCGUCUACCUGAAGAAGAGUUCGGCCAUUUUCACACAGAGGAUUGUUAUGUGUUCCUGUGCAGGUAUUGGGUCCCGGUAGAACAUGAAGAAGAAGAGGAGCAGCAGAGGAAGAAGAGGAAGAUCAAUGAUGAUGGAGAAGAGGAGGAGGAUGACGAGGAUGAGGAGGAGAAGCAGCCGGAGGAAGACUUCCAGUGUGUGGUCUAUUUCUGGCAGGGCAGGGAGGCCUCCAACAUGGGAUGGCUCACGUUCACAUUCAGUCUGCAGAAGAAGUUUGAGAGUCUGUUCCCAGGGAAGCUGGAGGUUGUCAGGAUGACGCAACAACAAGAAAACGCCAAAUUCCUCUCACAUUUUAAGAGAAAGUUCAUAAUUCACAAAGGGAAAAGGAAGAUGAGGGACGUGGGGCUGCAGCCGAGCCUUUACCACAUGAGGACCAAUGGGAGCUCCCUGUGCACGAGGGUCAUCCAGGUGAACACAGACUGCAGUUUGUUAAAUUCAGAGUUCUGCUAUCUGCUGAAGGUUCCCUUUGAGAGCACCGAUAACCAAGGGAUCGUGUACACCUGGGUGGGGAGAGCUGCGGACCCCGAUGAGGCCAAACUUGCGGAGGACAUCAUGAACACCAUGUUUGAUGACAUGUAUAGUAAACAGGUUAUAAAUGAAGGCGAGGAGCCAGAAAACUUCUUCUGGGUGGGCAUCGGGGGCCAGAAACCAUACGACGAGGAUGCAGACUACAUGAAGUUCUCCCGUUUAUUCAGAUGCUCUAACGAGAAGGGAUACUUCUCCGUGUCCGAAAAAUGCUCCGACUUCUGUCAGGACGACCUCGCUGAUGAUGACAUCAUGCUCCUGGACAACGGCCAAGAGGUCUACAUGUGGGUUGGGAGUCAGACCAGCCAGGUGGAGAUAAAGCUCAGCUUGAAGGCGUGUCAG